AUGUCGGAGAACGGAGGGGAUAAGCGGCAGCGGAAGGACGAUGACGGCGUUCGCGGAGGCAAUGAGGUGGAUACCGAGCGCGGAUCGAAGCGACAGAAGGGCGGGGGAAAUGGCGCUGGGAAGGGCGAAUACACCCACGCCGUCCACCUCCGCGGAUUGCCUUGGAACGCGUCGACGAAAGAGCUGGUGGACUUCUUUGCGCCGAUGGAUGUAGAAGACGGCGACAUCCACUUGGUGCACAACAGCCGCGGCGAGGCUUACGUCAAACUGAAGAACGAGUCGGACUUAGAAACUGCCCUUAAGAAGGACCGAAACACGAUCGGCCGACGCUACAUCGAGGUGUUCCGGAGCUCGAUCGAGGAUGUGGAACACGCUCUGGAUGAUGUGAGCAGUAAGGGUCACGGCGACGGGGGUUACAAGGGCGUCGUACGGAUGAGAGGCCUGCCGUGGAGUGCGAACGAGGGAGACAUUCGUAACUUCUUCGAUGGGAUCGCCAUUGAAAAAGAUGGAAUCCACGUCACGCUCAACCGUGACGGACGGCCGUCGGGGGAGGCUUACGUGGUUUUCGAGACGGAGGAAGCCGCCAAGGAAGCCCUGAAGCGGGACAAGGACAAGAUCGGUGAGCGGUGGAUCGACAUUUUCGAGGCAACAAAGGGUGAAGUCUAUUCCAUGACGGGCGGAGGAGGGAAGAAAGGAGACCAGGGUGGUGUGUCUUUCGACACCACGGACAGUGCUUACACUGGCGUUGUUCGGAUGCGCGGUCUGCCGUUUGAGGCUACAAAGUCGCAGAUUAGAGCGUUCUUCGAUGGUAUCAACGUCAAAGAGUCCAACAUUUUCAUUGUCACCCGCCCCGACGGAAAGGCCUCGGGGGAGGCGUUUGUCCUCUUUUCGACCGAAGCAGAAGCAGAGAAGGCGCUACUGAAAGACAAGGAGAAGCUCGGUGACCGAUGGAUCGACCUCUUCGCCACCAACAAGGGUGCGCUAUACCAACGCGUUGGUGUUGGAGUCAAGAUGGCGGCCAAGCCAGAUGCGGAGUUCCGUGGCGUCCUGCGCAUGCGUGGACUUCCGUUCGCCUCUGGUGUCGAGGAAAUACGGACAUUUUUCCGCGGCUACAAGGUACAAGAGCACGGCGUGUUCGUGGUGAACGGAGGGGAUUGGCGCCCAACGGGAGAGUCGUACGUUCUCUUUGACUCUGAAGAUGAGGCCGAGCGUGCGUUUAAAGCCCUUGACAAGCAGAAGAUCGGAGACCGCUGGAUCGAACUGUUCCGUUCAACUAAGGGUGACCUCUACACGGCCACAGUCCGCAGCACCGUCCUGGGCAUGGAGCGAGGUGGCGCGAUGUACGGGCGGGAGCCCAUGACCUGCGUGAAGCUGAGGGGACUGCCGUUCAACGUGACCGAGAACAACAUCUUCAGCUUCUUCGAAGGACUCACGGUGAUAGGCAGCUUCAUCUGCAAGGACGUGAUGGCGCGUCCUACGGGCGAGGGAUUUGUGGAGUUCGCGACGGUUGACGACUGUCAGCUCGCCAUGAGCAGGAACCGUGAGUCCAUGAUGGACCGCUAUGUGGAGGUGUUCGCUACCAGCAAGGAGGACGUUCUUCAACAAAUCGGUGCAUCUGGGACGGCAGCCAACGGCGGAAACCGAGGCGGGGGUUACGGUGGCGGCGGAAAUGGGGGAGGGAGAGGAUAUGGCGGCGGUGGUGGACAGGUCGGUGGUGGUGGCGGCGGCGGCGGCUAUGGCGGAUACGGGCAGUAUGGCGGGGGAAGAGGAUACGGGGUUGGUGGGCACCGCCCAUCGCCUGGUGGAUAUGCAUCAUACGGAGUCAGGGCCGGAGGAGGCGGUGGAGGUGGCGGCGGUGGUGGUGGCGGGGGCGGCGGCUUUGGUUACGGCGGAGGCGGCGGCGGAGUAGUCGGAGGGCCUGUUCCUAUGGGCGGCUACGCACAGAUGGCCGGCGGGCAGCAGUUCGGAGGUUAUCACAGAGAUAGAAGGGACGACAGAAGGGACUUCCGCUGA